AUGCAAAGUGGAAGCGGAAGUGGCCCUGGUUCUGAUUUGUUCAGCAGUUAUGAACAACAUCCGCCACCUCCAGGUUCUCGUCUGGCUCAAUAUCUGCAUGGAAACAGCACCCAACAAGUACCACGACCUUCUAGUUGGGUUAAUCGGAUGCCAUCAAAUCAAGCGACAGCUGGUCCGUAUGCCUUCAACAACCAUCCUACUUCGCAGUCCAGCAAUCUGCCGCACUUUACAUCAUCUUUUGCUGCUAUGGGUUUGAGUGAUGAAAAGGAAAACCCAUCAUUAUCGGUCAUGCCUUAUGGUUUUCCAACAUCAUCGCAGCGAUCCCUUAACUACUCUAAUGUGACGCAAGCUUUGACCACUUCUCCUAUUAUUCACGACCCAAUGCGACCAAGCAGUCACAUAAGUCAAGAAAAUUGUGGCUCAACUACUGCAAAUUAUAUGCAAGAAAAUUUCGGUGGGACAACAUAUUUCUUUACACCAACUACAACAAAUUCCACUGUUACUGAUGGACAGCCAUCUAUUCCACAGAAAGAUGAUCGUGUAUAUGUGACAACAAAUGGUAAUUUUGUAUAUCAUGGUCCAUUGCCACAUAUUGGCAAAUACAAACCACCACGAGGACUUUCAUAUUUCACGCCACCUGAACUAAAAAUGGAGCUGUUACAACGACAGCUUGCUAUACAGUGUCGCACAGAGCCGUCGCUUUAUCCUGAUAUCCCGCAAAAUGUUGAAUAUUUCCAGAAUCUAGUUCCACUUGAAAAUGUCAAAUUUGUGGGCAGCCAUAUGGAACGUGGAAUCAUCGGGUCACACAUCACAACAGUGUAUAAAGCGAUUAAUGGACGUGAUGGCAUGCCCUACUGCUUAAGGCGAAUUCACAAUUUUCGAGUGAAUGCAAUGAAACAGCUUUCAUUAGCUGAUAACUGGAAGAAAUUAAUGCAUGUAAAUGUUGUGCAGCUGAGAGAUGUUAUACAGACUCGUCAGUUUGGUGAUCAUUCACUGCUAUUUGCUUAUGAUUAUCACCCGCUUUCGGAAACGCUAAAAAAUCGGCAUCUGAAUAAUCGACUCAAUGGGUCUGCAAAACUAGGACCAGUUGGAAAUCUCCCUGGAACUGGUCCAAUAGUGCAAGAAUCUUUAAUGUGGUCUUAUAUUGUGCAGCUAUCAUCAGCUCUUAGAGCUAUACACUCCGCUGGUAUGGCAGCACGAACUGUUGAUCCAUCAAAAAUCAUUGUUUUUGACAAAACCAAAGUAAUGUUAAGCAGUUGCGGUAUUCUGGAUGUUAUCAAUCCUGGGAAUGAUCAUACCAUCCAGUUAUACCAGCAAGAUGAUUUGAAUGGUCUUGGUCGUGUGCUAAUUGCAUUGGCAAUGGGUUCGCUACAUGCCGUACGUCGUGAAAAUAUUAGCAACAGUAUUAGCAUUAUCAGUCAGCAAUGUACUACCGACUUAAAGAACAUAAUCACACUUUUGUUACAAGCUUCAACUCAGCGCCCACAUUCUAUCAACGAAGUAAUGCCAAUGAUUGGUGCCCGUUUCUAUGCACAGCUUGAAACAACUCAAAUGAAGAAUGAUCUUUUGGAAAAUGAGUUAUCAAAAGAAUUGGAAAAUGGACGUCUGUUUCGAUUGCUAUGCAAAUUAAAUACUAUUACUGAGCGAGCGGAGUUUCAAAUGGAUGUAUCAUGGAGCGAAACGGGUGACCGGUAUUUAUUGAAACUAUUCAGAGAUUAUUUGUUUCAUCAAAUAACAGAAACUGGGAAACCGUGGAUUGAUAUGGCACAUAUCGUGACUUCCUUGAAUAAGCUAGAUGCUGGUGUCAACGAAAAAAUUCAGUUGGUUUCACGUGAUGGUGAGAAUGUGCUUGUGGUAUCAUAUACAGAUUUACGGCGGUGUCUGGAAAAUGCUUUCAGUGAAUUACAGAAUAGACCACCUUCAAUACCAAAUACACUAUUGCCAGUAGUUGGUCAUCUCUAA